UAUUACAGAUGUGACUGUCCAGUCACUUUCAGAUCUGCCAUGGCUGUUCCUGAAGAGACUGAUGAUGCUACAAAGGACAGCAAGGAGUGUGAAGUGUUCCUCAUCAGAAGGGACAGAAUAUUCAGAGUGGGAUGAUGAUGAUCAGGAGAAUGAAUCAGACAGUCCUCAGUCAGUAAAUCCUUUAGAUAUUUUGACUGCUGUGUUUCUUUGUUCUGACAGUUUUCUUCAGCAGGAAAUGAUCAUAAAAAUGAACAUGUGUCAGUUUGCUGUUCCUCUCCUGCCUCCAAACAGUGAAAACAAUCAGAUCACCCUUAUGCUUUGGGCAAUGAGAGAUAUUGUGAAAAAAUACAGACCACACACCCUGUCAGAUCCAAGUGCAUUUGUGGAAGAAAGGAUUGCUCUGUCAGAAUUACCUUUAGUGUCUUUUGUGAGACUUGGUAGAUGCAACAUUUCCAAAUCGGAAAUUCUGAAUAAGUUGCUCAGUAAUCCACAACAGUACACAGAUAUCUUUGUGCACUUCAACAUGUAUUGUGGAAAUAUCUGUAAGAAAAUAUCAGAUGGCUUAGUUGAGAUUGCCUGGUAUCUUCCUUGUGGAAACGAGAACAUUGAUGUCUUUCCUGAACCUGUAGCGAUUGCCAACUUGAGAGGUGAUAUUCAGAGCUUUGAAACACAGUUCACUUUUCUUUGUGAGGCUUCAACUGCUGUGUUUGUGUUCUUUGAAUCCAAACUUUUAGAUUCACAGUUUAUUUCAGUCCCCAGUCAGAAAUCUAUGCCUCAGUUAUUUUUUGUGGGAGACUCCAACAACAAAAGAAUAAAAGCUACAGUCAGCAAGCUCAAUCUGAAGAAAAGUAAUUUCAUUUUUAAAGCCAUGCAGAAUGAUGCAGACUUCGUUGACAAAAUUCAAAGCAAGUUGCAAGAUGCAAUUAAGAACAACAAUCACAAAAUGUCAGUUGUUCGUUUAGCUGAGAUUGCACGAAAACUGGGAAUCCUGGUGGAUGAGGAUACUGAAGAAUUACAGCGUGCCAAAGCAAGUGCAGAUGAAAUCACAUCAAAAAUAAGUGAUAUAGUGCAGUUCAAGAAGGAGGAGCUGCCCUUGCAAGGAGAAAUAUUGAUGAAACUGGCAAAGUUAGAGAAGGAGGAAUGCCGAAUGAAGAAAGUUGGGGAUAAGAGUGUUGAGGACUACAAAAAUGAGCUUCAGAUUGAGAAAAAGAAGCUCAGAGAAGAGCAAAUCAAAACAGGCAUGUCAGAUACUAUGAGCUGCUUUAUCAAAGAAAUAUCAACACCAGAAAGAGCCUACUUCUUAAAAUGGUUAAGAAUCACUUUAGAGAAUAAAUCUCAUGACGUAUUGCCUCAACUCAGAGAACUGUACAAACAGAAAUGUCAAGAUGUUUGUGGGAACAAGACAGAAAUUGCUGAGCUUGAUAAAAAGAUUUCAAACAGUUCUUUAGGAGUGGAGCACUUCAUUUGAGAGAUGAGCCAGCUUUAUGAAGCUGCAGUCUCACUCCCAUAAGAUACACUUUACCGAAAACAGCUGGAAGAUUUACCUAAACUCUUUGCUCAACUACUCCUGGAUGGAUUUUCACUUGAACUUGUGGAUGGAGAUUAUUCAAAUAUCCCUGAGAAAUGGAUUACUAGUGUCUUUUCUGAAUUAAACACACUCUGUCUGAGCCCAAAAACAAGAUUAUGGUUGUCACUGUUGGGCGUGGGCGUCCAGAGUUCAGGAAAGUCAACGCUGCUGAACACCAUGUUUGGAGUUCAGUUUUCAGUGAGCAGUGGAAGGUGCACCAGGGGAGCCUUUAUUCAGCUCAUUAACGUAACAGAAGAGUGUGAAGCAGAACUCCAUUGUGAUUAUAUAGUGAUAAUUGACACUGAGGGACUGAAAUCCCCUGAGCUCGCACAACUGGACAACAGCUAUGAACAUGACAAUGAGCUGGCAACACUUGUUGUUGGACUGAGUGAUGUAACAAUUGUCAACAUCGCCAAGGAAAACUCCACAGAGAUGAAGGACAUUUUACAGAUCAUUGUUCAUGCCUUCCUCAGGAUGAAGGAAAUAGGUAAGAAACACACAUGUUUGUUUGUACACCAGAAUGUUGCUGAUGUCUCAGCUCAUAAUUCAAACAUGAGAGACCGUAAAUAUCUGUUGGAACAACUGGAUGAAAUGACUCAAGCUGCUGCCAAAAUGGAGAACAAACUGGAGUUAAAGAAAUUUACAGAUGUGAUUAAUUAUGACACUGAGACAGGUGACCACUACAUCCCUGGGUUGUUGCAUGGAAACCCCCCAAUGGCACCAGUGAGUAUUGCCUAUAGUAAGACUGUGUAUGCUCUCAAAAAGCAUAUAAUGGAGAUCUUCAAAACUAACAAGCCCAGUGACAUCAAUGAAUUUCUCAAGUGGACAAAAGACUUGUGGACUGCUGUGAAAUUUGAGAAGUUCAUCUUUAGCUUCAGAAAUAGCCUGGUGGCUGAUGCAUACAUGAAACUGUGCACAGAGUACAACAGAUGGCACUGGACAUUGAGAAAGCAAAUGCACACAUGGGCAUUAGAAGCUGAAACGAAGAUCUUAAACCAUGGACAAUUUGACAACUGUGAGAAGCUCACCAUUGAAGAUGUUCACUGUCAUUUACUACAAGAGGCAGAAUCUGUGCUUUCAAAAGGACAAGAUGAAAUAAUUGACAAGAUCCAGUCAUACUAUAAACAAGGAGAAGGUCAUGUUGAACUUGUGGAAAGUUAUCAAAAAAACUUUAUAAACGCUGCAAAGUCUUUGAAGACAGAACUUUCUAAUUUUAUCACUAGAAAACUGAAUGCAACUGUUUCACGUCGAAAUGGAAUGAUGAAGGUGGAAGGAAUCAUAAAGACAUACAGGGACACAAUAGAGAAAAAGGUGCUGGACUUGCUAAAAGACGGUCGGGAGAAAAAGUCAGACAAGUCAGACCUCAUGCUGGAUGAAGCAUUUGAAAAGAUGUGGCAGGAGAC